CAAAGAAAACUGCCGCAGUGCCGCUGCCCAGUGCUGCCGUCACGCUACUGGCCGGUAGGGAUGUCGGCCAUGGCGGCGGGCCGCCGCCUCCUCCAUCUGCCGGGGCUCGAGCUGUGCCUGCGGUCCCGUGCGCUUACCCUCCUCUCCUCCUCGCGGGCAGAUGGGAUGGCUCGUUACUGGCGCGAGCCUCCGCGCCGGAAGCUUGUGACCUGUCGGCAAGGUGCUUUCGAAGAGGGAAAUGCAGUGAGGGAUAAGGCUGUGCCGAUUUCAGAUGAACUGCUCGGCCAUUGCAAGGAUGCCAAUGGCAGGGCUCUAGACCUAGAGCCCAUUGGAAAGAGCUCUGCCAAUGAGUCUGUGCAAUUGUCUUUCGAAGAGGAGGAGAGUGACGACGUGGUGUGCGAAAUUAGCGAAAGCUUGGUGCGAGAUGUGGAGAAGGCUGCAAUUGAAUUGCUUGCUGCCAGAGCUUUCACUGUUUCUGAGCUUAGGAAGAAACUACGAAGUAAGAAGUAUCCUUUUGAUACAAUUGAUGCUGUAAUUGCUAAUUUCAAGUCAAGGGGUUUGUUGAAUGAUGGUUUUUAUGCUGAAUCAUUUUCGCGAUCCCGGUGGCUAUCAUCAACAUGGGGUCCAAGGCGAAUAAAACAGGCACUUCGCCAAAAGGGUGUGCCAGAGGCAGAAGUAGAUCAGGCAACAAGACGAGUGUUCCAGGAUGGCCAUGGCCAUGGAAAAGAGGCAACGUUUGGCAUAUCUGAAGCUUCCAUGGAUCAUCUGUUUGCUCAGGCAUCCAAACAGUGGCAGCGUGGGCAAAGCUUGACCCUGGAGAAUCGCCGUGCACGCAUUGUGAGGUGGCUUCAGUACCGAGGCUUCAACUGGGCUGUGACCAAUUCCAUCAUCAGGAGGCUGGAGGCUCAACACCCUCCCUGACUCAUCUGCUUUGCAAGUUAGUGCAGUGUAUUACUCUUGUUUCUGAUUAACAUGCUCAGUCAACAGCGGGACAAGAACACAAGACCUGUUGGCUAUUGCUUUGACAUCAUAUUUCAGAUAUUCCGGUUUGUGAAAUGGGAAUGUGAACUCUGACUAGAUGAAUAGUGAUGAACGCCUCAAGUUCAAACUGAGUUGCCUUCU